AUGGCGAUCCUCGGCAAAGUCGAGGUCACAAUCUCCAGUGGCGGAAAGACGUGUCAAGAAUAUCAGCCCAGCGCUGACGACAACGGGGCGCUGAGCGCGUAUGUGUCAUCCAAGGGAUCCUCCACAAUCGUCAAGUACAUCGAAGCCAUACCCGGGGCGAAUUUCCAGAUCGAUUAUGUGGUGAAGGGACACCAUUCAUUCCACAAAUUCGAUUACCUGUCACUGAGUACUUAUGUCGAUGGGCAGUCUGUUGUCUCACCAAUUGUGACAGAGGAAGAGUACAAGAAAAGCCAUUCCCGACAGUUGAACCGGAGUACACGCGGAGCGGAGAGCGGAGCUGGGUCAGAGCGGAAACUGCACCCCUUCCGCUGGAAAGAGCUUUCAAUAACCGACCAGAUACAUGAUGGUGCCACGUCCAAAUCGAAGAAAAAGUACCAACGACUUGGAUCCAUCAGAGUUGAAUUCAUGCGCAAGCGAAAAGCAGAGCAGCUGGACGCCCCAGAGCAUGAAGUAUCUGCAUCUGUGAACGACCCCGUCCCGGAAAAGGCUUUGAAAGGUCAAGCAGUUGAUACGGGAUUCUGCCUGGGAGAAGCAGAGCCGCUAGCAGCCGAAGCAUUACAGGUCCUCGGUCUACUUCCACGGUCUCUAAGCCCUAUCCCAUUGGAUGAAAGAGAUCCAGAUACCCUUACCAGGGAAGAGGCGCUGGAGUUAGUCCGUCGACAAAGAGCAGAGGUGGAAGCUGCUAGAGUCAAGAUCAAGCAGGAAAAGGCCUUGGAGAAUCUGCGACAGCUCGCUGGGUUCAAGCGAGAAAACUCUGGGGAUGAAGACGAGGAGGUCAGCGUCGUCGCAAUCGCAAACAAGAAACCGCGCAACGAACUAGAGACGAUCUACCUGUCGGACUAA